GACGCGCUUCUUGCGUCUCUACUUCCACGACGAUGGAUAUUGUUUCUCAUUGCUCUGAACUCAAAUCGGUCCCUUUAGUCUACUCGAUAGACAGCUCAACUCCUCCAAGCGGUCGCUAUGUUGCCGAGAACAUUCUCGUCGAUAGUCCAACUGACCAGUCGAGUCGAUGGAGUACCUCAGUACACAACGAUUCAAACCAAUGGAUCACUCUCCGGCUGAACAGCCUUUCCAUUGUCAAAAGUAUAACAUUCGGCAAAGUACGUCGCUUGAUACAAACGACUACCUGGUUCCCUAGUAAUCGUGACGUUUUUGCCCGGGUAGUUCCAUAAAUCACAUCCGUGCAACAUGAAGGAUUUCAAGGUCUAUUUGGGUCUGGCACGAGAACAAAUGGUGGAGGUUCUUCACGGAAGCCUGAAAAAUGAUAACAUCCCGGAAACCUUCUCUCUGAAGUACGUAGACGAUUCUGGUCUUUGCUUCCCAACUCUCUAUGUUAAAAUAGUUCCCUUGUCUGCCCACGGAGCAAGCUUCAAUUCGUCUAUAUGGUACAUCUCGAUGACCGGUAUCGCAGAUGAAGCUGUCAUACAACGCGUCAAACAGGUGUACGACCAGUAUCAAGAGACUCAAGCGUUACGCCAUCUGUUGAAGCAUCUGCGACAGCGUAGACUCUUAACUCCUUACCAAUCGAUUCUGGAACGUGCUGGCGUUGAAGUUGAACAUCCCCUGGUUUCCAAGCUCCAUUCCAGCACUGUACUUCAUGGAGACUGGACAAAUGCGGAGCGGGUUCUACAUGAGCUCUCGGACACCGGUCUGUUUGAAAGCCAUCUGCAAUCUCAUCAGUCUCGCGCGAUUUGGAAGCGGAUACAUGGUGGGGGUGGAGAUAAUGUCCCUUCACCUCGCGGCGGCCAUGCCAUGUGUAUCGACCACCGAAAUUCGUUAAUCUAUCUUUUUGGAGGAUUCGAUGGACGGCAAUGUCUUGACGAUUUGUGGGUGUAUGAUAUAUGCAAGCGGACGUGGAGAAGUUUAGAUGAGAGCACCUCAUCGCAACUGGAGGCUCCCGGCCCACGGUCUUGUCAUAAGAUGGUUCAUGAUCCAACCUCGAAUUCUCUCUACGUUCUCGGAAAAUUGCCGGAAUCUGAUGAACUGAAAACAAGGCAGAAUGGGAACACGCCAGCGUCGAGAGAUAGAAUCGCACCCUCACGAACGAGCGCGUCCGAGUUUUAUCGAUAUGAUGUAGAAGGUAGGACGUGGGAGCAGUUGACCGACCCCGCGGGUGUCGGUGGGCCAUCCCUCUUAUUUGAUCACCAGAUGGCUAUAGACGGUGAUCGACGAAUAAUAUAUGUUUCGGGGGGAAGAGUUGGGGACGGAGAGGGGUGGUCCAACACCAAAUACUCGGGAAUGUACAGCUAUAGCCUGCAACACAAGAAGUGGCUACUUCUUCAACAUUUGGAGACUGGCGUACACUCGACCGUGGUAAUUCCACCACGGUUUGGCCAUUCCAUGGUACUUGAUCCCACAACGCAAACUCUGUUCCUUUUCGCGGGUCAGCAUGGGGACAAUUUCCUCUCAGAUCUCUACUCUUAUGACAUCAAUACCAGUACGGCCAAAGAAUUAUCCUCAAACAUCACUGCAUGUGGAGGUCCCGAGCCCUCAUUCUCGCAACGAGCUGUGAUUAACCCGAAAGCUCAGGAAAUAUACGUUUUCAACGGGUUGACAAGAGCUCCGACUUCAGGCUCACUUACCUUCCUGCCCCCCAAUUCACCAUGCUGGGUGUACAGAUAUCGGGAUCGUCCCGGAAAGUGGUUACGCGUUCUUCAUGGUCCCACCGGGAGUCCUAUCAAUGACGACGAAAUACCGGUCUCCCGUUUCGCACAAGAGGUUGUUUACGACCCCACCACAUCGAGUAUCUAUUUCCAUGGUGGAAAUACGGGUACAAGCGGUCCAUUGGGAAAAGCGUUCGAGAAGGAUAAUGAGAAGGAGGUUACUGGCUCAGAGGAACGAUUAGGGGAUUUCUGGGAGAUGAAACUACAGCGGUCGUCCUCCUCAGAUGUAAUACGACGAGCUACCUUUCUCAUUCGUCAGCAACGGUUUAAGGAGAUGUGCGAGGAGUCACCGGCAGUACGAGCUUUGGCAUUCCUGCAAAAUGAAGUGUCAAGCGUCGUAAAUCAUCAUGAUCCUGAGGAGGCAGAGUCAUUCAGGACUCUGCUCACACACCUUCUCUCGUCUCAUAGCAUGCCAGGGAGCCCACCAUUACACGAAGUUCCAGAGCGAAGUGGCGAGACACUUCCGCCACGAAAGCGAACACGACCCAACACACCAGAACAAUCACCAGUGCGACUCUCUAGGACUGAAGCAGGCGGAGCUACUACAGGAACGUCGUCGUCUCGGUCCGCUGGAAAGAAUGUAGCAGAGCGGAUGUUAGAGACAAAGGAUCCGUUGGAACCUGCGACAGACGCAUCAUCUGAACAGAGGUUUCAACAACGCAACGAGGUGUUUGAGAAGAUUUUGCACUUCAUCGAUCAGGACGAGAAGCAACCUACAAGUAAUCUCUUAGAUUUAUUCGGGAUCAAUUUGUCGCCGUGUUGACUGAGCUCGAUUCUCACUAUAGAAUAAACUAUUUUCUUACUGUCUUUGAGUAUCGACUAUUGUAGUUUUUCGCGCUAGAAAAUGGUCAAUGUCAUUUUUCACAGCCCUC